CAGGAAAAUCCAGUUUAUUAUUAACAUUAUUUCGCAUGGUGCAAAUCCAGUCAGGCAGUAUUACAAUUGAUGGUUUCAAUAUUGGCCAUCUGGCAUUGGAUCAACUUAGAUCCAGAAUAGCUAUCAUUCCACAAGAUUCCUUCCUAUUCAGUGGAUCUAUUAAGGAAAACUUGGAUCCAACACAACAGCAUUCAGAUACACAAUUAUGGAGAGUUCUAGAGAAGUGUCAUCUUAAAAAAGUUGUUGAUAACUUAGGGGGCCUUGAGGCUGAUGUUGCUGAAAGAGGCAAGCAUUUCUCAGUUGGACAAAGGCAGCUGGUAUGUCUAGCCAGAGCUAUGUUAACAAGAGCAAGGGUUCUCUGCAUUGAUGAAGCUACUGCCAGUGUUGACCUCACGACUGAUGAACUGUUACAAGAGACAAUUCGUGAAGAGUUUCGUCAUCAUACUGUGCUAACUAUUGCUCAUCGUAUUAACACUAUAUUGGACAGUGAUAGAGUUAUAGUAAUGAGCCAUGGUAAAGUAGCGAGUUUGCAUCACCUGAUCAUCUGCUAGCCAAUCAACACUCAUUAUUCUACAGUCUUGUCAAUAGACAUACAUAAAUAUUUACAAUGUCUGUUGAAGAUUUACUGUUUCACAGCUGUUGUCAUUAGUUACAUCAACCAUGUGAAUUAUUAAAUGAUGAA